AUGGUGGCCGGUGACCAACGAUUUGUUCCUACGCCAUUUUCCCUCUCAGGAUCUUGGAGCUCAUGUACACCAUUGGUUUGGAAUAAGGGUUUUCUAACUCCCCUAGGUGGACUUUCCAUAUCCACCAACCCAGUUAAAGAGCCGGACAUUCGCUUUUCGACCUCUCAUUUUCGUAAACAACACCCGUGUGGCGAGAAUACACUGAGUAGGAGCCCUCUAGUAGUGAAUGUAUACGCUUGGCUAUAUGAGAGCAUUUCUAGAGGGCGAGCUAACCCUCGGCCGUACCAGUGCAUUGUUCUACUGUAUGGGGCAGAAACCUGGAGAACUACAAAAGCCAUCAUCCAGAAAAUACAAGUGUUUAUUAACAAUUGUCUACGCAAAAUACUUCAGAUCCAUUGGCCUGACACUAUUAGCAACAGCGCACUGUGGGAGAGAACAAACCAGAUCCCAGUGGAGGAAGAAUUCAGGAAGAAGCGCUGGAAGUGGAUAGGACACACAUUGAGGAAAGCACCCAACUGUGUCACAAGACAAGCCCUCACAUGGAAUCCUAAAGGAUUCCAAGUUAGGGCUUGCCUCGUGAUGCAGUUUGACGAUUUGCGUAAUGUAUGUCCUAUCCAUUUCCAUCGUCUUUUCCUAAUUUCCUCUUCAGCUGGAAGUUGGUUUGUUCUCUCCCACAGAAGGCUAUUGCUGAUGGUAUCCGGCCAAUGGAUGUUGAGUAUCUUGCGUAGACAGCUAUUUAUAAAUACUUGUACUUUCUUGAUUGUGGUUGAUGUAGUUCUCCAAGUUUCAGCUCCAUACAGUAGAACUGCCUUGACGUUCGUAUUGAAGAUUCUUACUUUGAUAUUGGUUGAAAGUUGUUUUGAGUUCCAUAUGUUCUUCAAUUGUAGGAAAGCGGCCCUUGCUUUGCCGAUCCUCGACUUUACGUCUGCAUCGGAUCCUCCUUGUUCAUCGAUGAUGCUUCCCAGGUUAGUGAAGGACUCUACAUCUUCCAGAGUUUCGCCAUCAAGAGUGAUUGGAUUGCUGUUUUCCGCUUUGAAUUUGAGGACCUUGGUUUUCCCUUUGUGUAUGCUGAGGCAUUCUGAUGCAGAGACUGCUGCUACACUGGCUGUCUUCAUCUGCAUCUGUUCGUGUAAUUUUGGUAUCUUGGGUGAACCAAUUGAUAAACGUCAAUAUGGGGGCAAUCAAUUAAAAUUUAUUGUUAUAUAUAGGCCAAGUAUGGAAAGGCAUCCUCUGUUUCAACAAUUCAAGACUCAAGUAGUAGAAAAAGCCCUUAAUUUUUGGCAAAGAACAUUAAGCGUUAGAAAACCACCAAAUAGAAAAUUGCUGAUUGAAAGAGGAUGCGCUGAACCAGUCUUUUACACAGAUGGUAGAACAGGUAAAAAGUUCUGUAAAUCACAAUGUAAAAAACAAGCUCUAUGCUAUGAUCACCCAGUUCCAGAUCAAUACUCUUCCGGAUGUGCUGUGGGAAGUGGAGGUGACAAUAUAAGAGAUGUUUAUCAAGAUGGUCCAGGAUUCGCACCAAAUGAAUAUGUUCUUUUUGUUGAAAGUGAAAAUAAACAAGGUUGUCUAUCUGGAUCAACAUUAGCUUAUGCUGGUCCUUGUGAAAUGCAUCCUACAACUGAUAGUCUAGAUAGCUGUUUUUCAAUAAUAAUGAUACUUCGUUCUUCAACUGACUGUAUUCUUAUUAAAAUGGAUAAUCUUAACACAUUACAGGGAUUUGUAAAAUCAAAUUUCGCAUUGAUGCGUGAUCCAGAUGGUAAACCAAGAACACCAAGAGAUCCUAGAUCAGGAAGGCCACCUUUAAAUAAUCAAAGACAAUAUGAUGCAAGUGAAAAUACAAUCAGAACAAUCAACCGUCCAUGGGUUACAGCUGCCGGGAAAUUUUCGAAAUCUUUCUUAUCUUUUGUUACACCAGCUAUGCUCGAGGAAGCACGCAAACACUUUAACUGUCCUAAUUUGGAUGGAGUUGACAUAGAGAACGAAGGUGGACAAGGAACAGUUGGUACGCACUUCGAAAAGAGAGUAGUUGGUGAUGAAACAAUGGCAGGUGUUACUGGAGUGAAAACUGUAAUGUCAAGGCUUACAUUGGCAUUCUUCACAGACUCUGGCUGGUGGGAUGUUGACUAUUCAUUGGCUGAAGCAUGGUAUUAUGGAAAGAAUUUAGGUUGUAGCUUUGUUAUGGAAAGCUGUUAUGCAUACAUGAUGCGAAUGAAACAAGCAGGAAAAAGUACGGAACCCUAUUGUGAUGAACCAGAUACUUUAAAAUGUUAUCAUCAAAAAGCAUUUGGUAUUUGUGCUGUUGGACGGUUUACUCAAAGUUUACCACCUAAUGAACAAUAUUUCAAAGAUCCUUCUCAAGGAGGGUCUAGUGUAUUAACAGACAGAUGUCCUAUGAUCCAGCCUAUGAGAUCCUUUUUCAAUGAACCAAUUGUAACAUACUGUGAUCAUCAGCUUAAUAUUCCUGUCGCUCAAAAAGGAAAUAUGUUUGCUCAAGAUUUUGGAAAUCAUUCAUUAUGUAUUAUGCAUAAAGGAGCAUGGAGAGCUCAAAUGAAUGGGAGAGCAACAAAUGAUCCUCGAGUUAAAGCCACCUGCCAUCAGUAUUCAUGCUCUGGUGGUCUACAAGUGAUUAUUAAUGGUAAACCAUUCCCAUGUAACUCAGGGGUAGCUACAGUUCAAACUAAUCAAAUUCAAGGCCAAAUUGUCUGCCCUGAUCCUAAUACUGUUUGUAGGUUUCGUGAUAAAUUGAAGAAUAUAAAUCAAAUUACAAAUGAAAUGUAA